AUGUGUGGUUCUCCUCCAGUUCCGCCUGAAAGCUCGUACACCAGCUGUUGGUGCGAGGAAAACGUAUACCUCCUCUGUCAAAAGUUCCUGGCGGAUCCCUCCAUAUCAAAAGAAUGGACACCUUGGGUCGUCUUCAUAUCUAAUCUAACGAAGACGGUUGCUCUCUGGAAUCAAAAGGCAGCACGCGAUAAAGACAGUGUCGUCGUCUGGGAUUACCACGUCAUUCUUAUCCUAGAACAUAAUGUAAAGGAUACGCCGAAUCUCUCUGGCGACCGCAAGAGCUGGGUUUACGACUUCGAUACCUGGUUACAGAUGCCAUAUUCUUUUGAUGAUUAUUGGUCGGGGACAUUUCCGCCGGAUGACUUACUGCCGCAAGAUCUCCAGAGUCUAUUUCGAUUGGUACCAGGAGAGCUCUACAUUCAACAUUUUGCGUCUGACCGGUCGCACAUGUUGGUGCCAGCCAACAGAGGCCGUGAUGACCUCGGGAGUACUCCACCGGUAUAUAAAUCACCCCCACCUCCGUAUGGGGUCCUCUGUGGACCACUGGCCCCAUCAAAGAACAACUUGAUGAAGAGCUUUGUUACCACAACCCCAUCCGAGGACACGUAUGGAGAGGUUUUUGACCGAGUGGGAAUGGAACUCAUUUUUUCAGCGAAGUACGCGUAA